AAUAAUUACCAUCGUGCGCCUGACCAGGCAAAACCUCCCUCGCUGUGAGUCAGUCAAGCCGCGCCACUCGACCAUGCAGCACCAUGGAGUUGGUCCCCACGAAAAUCCUAGUGGCUGUCCUCUUCGGAGUCCUCCGCUUUUUCUUCGGCAUUCUCCCCGUUAAAAUCUACAAGUUGCUGCUGCACUGGGAGGGCCAGGACGACUCCCAGCACUUCAUCAACAAGAAGCGCCACCAGCAGGUCACCUGCACCCUCGCCCUGUGCCAGUCCUUCGGCGGCGGCGUCCUCUUCGCCACCUGCAUGCUCCACAUGAUGCCCGAGGUGUACAAAUCGGUCGAGGAGCUCAAACGCCUCGGCAACGUCAACACCGACUACCCCCUCUCGCAGAUGACCAUCUCCGUCGGCUUUUUCCUAGUGUACUUCAUCGAGGAGCUGUCCCACUGGUUCGUGACCCACGUCCCGGACGACGCCUGCGAGAGAAUCUCGCGCUCGGCGACCCCCACGUCCAACAAAGUGGCCCCGAAGAGUGCCUUCACCGAGGAGAAGAAGCCCAUCCCCCAAACCCCGUUCAUUGUGGACGAGUACGAGAAGAAACCACCGGACGAACCCGACACUUACAGUCUGAAUGCGGAGGAGAUUGAAAAUGAGAAAAACCAGAAAAAUAUCGACCUGGACUCGGAGCUGGAGCGCGUGGAGUCGGCCAAGUCCUCGGUGGAGAAGGCGGUCAAGACCAAGCAGCAAAUCAUGCGCUAUGUCCUGGUGGUGGUGGCUUUGUCCUUCCAUGCCAUGUUCGAAGGCCUGGCGAUUGGGCUCCAGCACAGCAUCGCCAAUAUUUGGUACCUGUUUGUGGCCGUUUCCAUUCACUCAGCCACGAUUUUAUUUUACAUUAGUCUCGAGCUGGUUUUGGCCAAAACUGAGCUGAGGCGGAUUCUCACCCACGUUGCGAUUUUGUCGGUUACUAGUCCGGCUGGGGUCCUCUUGGGGCUUCUUAUUACGCAGAAAGCUAACAUGAAUACGCAAGCCAAGUCCACGGCAGUGGUGCUCUUGGAAGGGCUGUCGGCUGGGACGAUUUUGUACAUUACGUUUUUUGAAGUUUUGAAUCGGGAGAAGGAGCGGAGAGCGUGGACUAUAAGACGUGGAGUGUGCAUUUUAGGGGGGUUUGUGCUCAUGGCCCUGUUACAGUGUGCGGAAAUGUAUAUAGAGUGAUAAAUAAAUUGUAUUUUUUUAA